AUGGCAUUUGUUUGUAUAAAUAUAUUUUAUGUUAUGUGUAGUUUAAGGGGACCAUUGGAAAAAUUACCAGAUUUUGCUAAGGUUACAUUUGAAGAAUGUAACUUUGUUGGUGGUGGAUGCUGGUGGCACAACUUACCAUCAACUACUGUACAAUGGGAAUUGGCGAGUGGUGUUGCACCUUCCAUGAUGGGACCAAAACAUGAUCAUACCACAUCAUUAUACGAUAAAAGUGGUAAUUAUGUAUACAUGAGAACCAGCAAUCAGAAGGCAGGAGAAAAAGCCAUAUUAGAAAGUGCCUUAUUUGACCCGCCAUAUUUUAACGAUGGCAGUUGCAAGGUGCGUUUCCAUUAUCAUAUGUACGGUAAACACGUAUUCCGAUUGCAGUUGGAAGUACGCAAAGUAUGUGAUCCAGACAUAAAAACUAUGAAACUGAUUUGGAGUCGAACUAGACGAGUAAAGAGAAAUGAAUGGAUUUUCGAAGCUAUACCACUUGUUAAUAUAACUGAAAAAUUUGUGUUGCGGUUUACUGGAUUUGUUGGAUAUUUGACGAGUAAGGGUGAUAUUGCACUGGAUGAUAUAACAUUGAGCCCAGAAUGUUUCAAACCAGAAACUGUUAACAUCACAGACACGAAAGUUGUCGAUCCAAUAUGCCAUAAAGGUAAUUUUCUGUUAAGUUACUUAAAGAUAUUGCCAAAUAUGAAAUUCAUUUUUUGGUGA